GUGAGAUAAAUUCCAUUUGAGACGAAACUAAAUACCUUACUUCACCUUACCUUUCACACACCCCUUUAGAUAACCCUGUCCCAGCUGGCAUCCGUUAGUAUGGGUCUCUUUUUUUCUCUCAUGCCAGACCAAGCCCUGGGCGUCUCAGACACCUGUCCACUUUGCAUAAGUGACCAGUAUCAGAAUGAGGACAAGGGAGGCACCGAGUUAGUAUAUGUAGGAGAAGAUUACAGCCAUAUUCACUUCACAGCAUCCUAGCUGAAGAGAUCAAGGUUGAGCACUCUACUGAAAUCAAUCCUGUUGGGGGAAUUCACAACAACCACAUCCAGCAUCUAUCAGGAACCAUGGUUUGUCCAGGUGUGCUGAGCCAACUGCUCCUGCUCUCUCUCCUCUCCUCUGGGACUACUGGUGUGAAUGAAGUGGAUCUCAACGCACUCGAAAAAAUCAUUACGCAUAUUGAGAAUACGUACCAACUAACAAGUGGUCAGAAUGUCAUUCAGACUGCUGUUGCUGUCCGAUUCCCGGCAGAUCAAUGUGAGUCUGGUCAGCUGAACCCCGAAAAACACCUGCCAUCCCGUGAAGAUGUGAUCUCUAAAAUUCAAAACUCAUCGAAAGAUCGAGUGUUUGUGGGAGAAAACCUGGUUGCCGCUCGACCUGUUGGUAAAGGGGAUACAGCUCAUCAUUCCGAGUACAUUCUGUUGGGCAAGAUCAGGGAUGAUAUAAAAACGACUCCCAUGAACUACCUGACCUCAGAUCACCUUAAUGACUGUGUGGUAUUCUACACCUACAACUCCCCCUGUGUGAACCAAUGCCUAAAUCAAAACAAACAAAGAUAUAUCUUACCAUUUGUUGAACGUCUUUGGGAAACUCUCACUGGCCCAGUGGCCUUUGUGUUCAAUGAAAUCUAUCAGGGAACAGAAAAUGUGGAACAACUGCUGUCUCUGGCAAAUAAGGUGUUCUUGUACCGCUGCCAUAAUGAUAAUUGUGUUUAUUGUGGAAAAACAAGGGAAACUCUUCAAGCAAGUAAUUGUGUUGCAACGGGAGAGUAAAUCAAGAAAUCAGAAGGA